AUGAACUCAAAGAGGACGUUAUUACUUAUUUUUGUGGUACUAACUCUUAAUAAAUGUGUGUCCAGUUUCUUUUGGAAAUCUUCUGCUGAUACCGGAUUGGAUGGCGUGAAGAAAGCUCCUAGAAUGAAUUGGCCAAUCUUCGGGAUCGGCGUGUGGUGCAAUGGCUGUCCACCCCGAAGCUGCGAGGACGACGAAGCUAUUAUACACGGGUACUGCUGCGGCUGUGCUUAUUCGUUAGAUCAACUUCCAGUGACUUGUCCAGAAUUCCUGCAGUGUCCUUUGAACUUACACGGACUGUGCCACGACUAUGAAUAUAUGAUGCGAUGCUGUUGUUGAUAAUAUUAUGUACCUACCUACCGAAUACGCCCCCACUUGUGACACUACCAAAGAGAACCUAUGCUAUCAUAAAUAUAAAAGCGACCAGUGUAGUACAAGACCAUUGCAAAGUUCAUUAACAUCAU